GGAGCUGCGGGCGCCGAGGUGGCCCCCAGGCCAACGCCACGGCCCCCCGAGGACGGAUCAUGGGCGGCAGCGUGGCCCCGCGGGGGGCCUGGCCCUGGCUGGUGUCCGUGCGGCUCCACGGGGAGCUGAUGUGUGGAGGGGUGCUGGUGGGGCUCUCCUGGGUCCUCACCGCAGCCCACUGCUUUGCUGGGAAUCGGAACGAGCUGGCGUGGACGGUGGUGGUGGGCGACCAUGAGCUGGACAAGCUGGGCACGGGCGAGCAGGCGGUGCCUGUCCGGCGCAUCCUGCCUCACCCCAAGUUUAACCCCAAGACGUUUCACGGGGACCUGGCGCUGCUGGAGCUGGCGGUGCCGCUGGCUCCGUCACCCACCGUCAGCCCCGUGUGCCUGCCCAGCGGCCCCACGGAGCCCAGCCCCGGCACCACCUGCUACAUCGCAGGCUGGGGGUCCCUCUAUGAAGAGGGGCCAACGGCCGAUGUGGUGAUGGAGGCACGGGUGCCCCUGCUCAGCCAGGAGACGUGCCGGGGUGCCCUGGGCAGGGACCUGCUCACCAACGCCAUGUUCUGCGCCGGGUACUUGUCCGGGGGCAUCGACUCCUGCCAGGGCGACUCAGGGGGCCCGCUGGCGUGCCAGGACCCAUCCUCGCACCGCUUUGUCCUCUAUGGUAUCACCUCGUGGGGCGAUGGCUGCGGUGAGCAGGGCAAACCGGGAGUCUACACCCGUGUCACUGCCUUCGUGGACUGGCUCAGCCUCCAGAUGGACCCUGCCCCGAGCAGCCGGGAACCAAGCUGCUUCGACCUGCUGGCGCUGGCCCAGCUGCCCCCUGAGCAGCAGCUGCCCGAACGCAGCCGCCUCUGUGCCUUCUAUGCCGGGUCUUGCCGGGUGCCCCAGGGCCGGGCCGCCUGCGCCCGCCUGGCCGAGGAGACCUGCCGUGCCAGGACGAGACGAUGCGAGCUGCACUCCUAUGCCCAGACCUUGGUGGAUCUCCUUCGCCGGGCUGGGGAAUUCAUCCGAAACCAGUUUGACUUCUCCUUCCUCACCCGCGCCCUGCCCCAGCUCCUGGGCAAGAUCUACGGGCAUCUCUUCCCCCACCGCAGCCGCAGGGAUGUUCCAGGCCUGGCCAUGGCAGGGGGCCAGCCCAGCCCCACGGCAGAUGGACCCCGGAGACCCCCCACCAGGUGGGGUGCUGGGUGGCCGCCCCCCUUUGCCGGGCUCUUUGGGGCCGUGGGGCCCCGGCUGCAGGACUGGGUGGAGGCGCUGAGGGCCAUGGCAGGGGGUAGCCCCCUGGCACCCACCCCAGAUGGGGGGCAGGUCCCCGGGGAGAUGUGGCUCUUCCUGCAGGGCGAGGAGGCAGUGGAGGAGCUGGUGGGACAGGGACGAGCCUUUCUUGCCCAGCUGCGGGCAGAGCUGGACCUUGGCACUUCUUCCGUUGAAGCCACAGAGCGGCGAUGGACACCUGGGGAGCUGGCAGAGGCCCCUGCGCUGAGCCGGGCAGGGGCCGCACCAAGGGAGAAACGUGAACUGGUGCCCACUGAGCUGCCAGGGGCAGAGGAGGAGGAAGAGGAGGCAGGCGCGGGCAGAGCCUGCCCCGGCCUCAAUGCAUCGGCCGUGCGGGUGGCUGCGGUGCGGGAGCUGUACGCCUGGGUGCUGCGGGUGCCUGAGCCAGACCUGACUAUGACCUUCCAGGAGAUCCUGGUGGACUUGGGCUCCAAAAACACCAAGGGACUGUACCGGGCGCAGGUGCGGGCCACAGUCGGGGGUCGCCCCACAGCCUUCGCUGGCCUCGUGGGGCUGGAGAGCGACUCGCUGGCCCGCAGCAUGCCUGGCCUUGUCGCUCUGGCGCUUGAGGCACUGAAAACCUGAUGGUGCCCCUGGGGUGUUCCCCGGCUCAGGCUCUUCCACCCUUUUGUCCCACAUGGUGCCUCAGGAUCCCUCUUCCCACCAGCACUGCCCAACCUCCCUGUGGUAACGGGGUGCCAGGGGACACCUGGAGCAUCUCAGCCAGGGAUCAUGGCCCUCCUCUCCCUUGAGACCCCCACCUUGGCAAGCCCACCCCUUCCCCAUUUUCCUCAGAGGCACCUGGGCUGUUAUUUAUUUGUACAGAGAAAGGUUUAUUUUUCAAUAAAGCAGGGCUCUAUUUUCCGGUAGCUGG